AAGAAUGAGUGAGUGUGUGUGUGUGUGUAAAGACUGGUCUUUCCAGCUGGGGGACAGUCACACACAGACGAUCAGCAAAUUAAACGCAAGUGAAGUCUAUUUAUAUCACGCUUUUAACAACACGCACGCACGCACACACACACACACACACACCACAGCUUUAUAUUAAAAUAUUUUAAACAUAUGAACUCAUUUUAUCCCUAAAUAAAUAAAUAAAUAAAUAAAUCCCUGAUGAUGAAGCCUGAGGCGAUGGUGAUGAGGAGCAACUAACUGACACAAGGAAGAAACCUCGAGAGGAACUCCAAAUGGAACUCAUCUCCAUCUGGGUGAUAACAGGUAGUGUGAUUAUAAAUAACUCAUUUCUGUAAAUGUAUGUCCUAUAGAGUCACAAAGAAACUCGUUACAGCUUGACAGGAAGUCUGUUUAGAAAACCACAUCAUGACCUGGUUUGUAAAACAGACAGAAGGUCUCCUGUUAUAUCCGCCUUUAACUGCUGGCCCUCCUUUCUGAUGAAUGACGUGAACCGCGCGAGACGGAAAUAAGGGGGUGUGUUGAUUAAAGUGAGUGGGGGAGUGUGCAGUGGUGUGCAGUGGUGUGCAGUGCAGUGGUGUGCAGCGGAUUCGCCCUCAUUAGCAGCUGUGCAGAACAGCAUGGAGGCAGCAGGCGGUCCGAGUGAAGUCUCUCUGAAAGGGAAGAGAAACGCGCACAAAGCGGCGGUGAUCCUGGCGCGAGGAGGCAGUAAAGGGAUCCCCCUGAAGAACGUGAAGGUCCUGGCUGGAGUUCCUCUCAUCGGCUGGGUGAUCAGAGCAGCACUCGACUGCGAGCUUCUCGACAGCGUCUGGGUGUCGACAGACCAUGAUGAGAUUGAGAGGAUUGCCAAACUCUGGGGUGCUCAGGUGAUUCGCCGGAGCCCUGAAGUGUCCAAAGACUCGUCCAGUUCAGUGGACACCCUCCGCGAGUUCAUCAAAUUGAGGCCAGAGGUGGACAUUAUCUGUCACAUCCAGGCCACGUCUCCAUGUUUGCACCCGUACCACAUUAAAGAUGCAUUAGAGAUGAUCACGGAGGAGGGAUAUGACUCGGUGUUUGCUGUGGUGCGCCGACAUCAGUUCCGCUGGACUGAGGUGAAGAAGGAAGAGGAUAAGAAUCCUGUUUCUCUGAACCUGGACACCACCAAGAGGCCACGCCGUCAGGACUGGCCAGGCGAGCUCUAUGAGAACGGCUCCUUUUACUUCACCAGGAGGGAACUUUUGGAGAAGGGCUUACAGCAGGCUGGCAGAUUGGCCUACUAUGAGAUGCUUCCUGAGCACAGCGUGGAUAUUGAUGUGGACAUUGACUGGCCUGUCGCAGCAGAAAGAGUCCUCAGGUUCGGUUAUUUCGGACGGGAUAAACCUGCAGUGUUCAGGUUGCUGUUCUGCUCUGUGUCCGGCUGUCUGACUGAUGGACAGGUUUACAUGUCGGUCUCUGGGGAGGAGCUGGUGUCCAUCAAUACACAGGACCUCAGUGCCAUUCGCCUGCUGCAGAGCGAGAACAUCGAGGUGAUCCUGAUCUCCUCCAGCAAUGACCCAGUGUCUGAGGUUCUGUCUGAAAAGCUUGCUCAGCGUGCAGGAUGUGUUCUCCGCUCCAGAGUUGAGAACAAACAGUCUGAAGUCGAGAGUUUGAUGAAAGAGCGAGACCUGCAGUGGGGAGACGUGGCCUACUUUGGUAUGGAUCUGCAGGAUGUGGAGUGUUUAUCCAAGGCUGGAUUUAGUGGGGUUCCUCCAGGAGCGCCUGCUGCCUUGGUCAUCGCCUGCAAAUAUAUCUGCAAGAACGGCGCGGGCCGCGGAGCGCUGUAUGAGUUUAGUAAUUACCUUCUACAACUGAAGAAGAAAGCCACUUCAUCCCCAGAUCAGGACAAGAUUGAUAGGAAGAAUUUUUAGAGGGAAUAAAGUGUGGGGUUUUUGCCAUGUUGGAUUUCAAAGGUGUUCAUUUAAAUUCUGUCCCCCCCCCCAAAAAAAAAUUCUGUUCUUGGUUGGUGGUUUGGUGGGCUGUUAUUUUGAUUAAUCACUGGUGGUGAUUUUUAGGGUUGUUAUUAUAUAAUUAAAUGUGUGAAUGCUCAACUUGUGGUGGGAUGUUACACCUUCAAAAUCCAAAGUUGCGGUGUAGUGUCCUCUAAAACCACUGGUGAUUUUAGUCAGAACGAUGAUUCACAAACACUGAAUUCAUACAACGUGCACUGUGUCUAUGGGCUGUAUGUAGGAUUCAUAAAAUGAAACCCAAAUCAAAUGACAUUAAAUGCAAUAAUUACAGUAAA